AUGGCGAGCUCGGCUUCCCUGGAGACCAUGGUGCCCCCGGCCUGUCCGCGAGCCGGAGGGUCGCCGGCCACUUCCAAGACGCUGGCCUUCUCCAUCGAGCGCAUCAUGGCUAAGACGUCGGAGCCCCGUGUGCCCUUUGAGCCCCGGCCCGGGGCCCUGGAGGCCGACGGCGGCCAGGGCAAGAAACUGCUCAACCUCUGCUCGCCGUUGCCCUGCAUGAUCCCCCUCCAGCCCCUAGGCUACGACGUGCCGUCCAAGACGCUGCUCAGUUACUCCGAGCUCUGGAAAAGCAGCCUCCGGGCGGGCGGCGGCGGCGGCGGGGGGGCCUCGGUGUGCGGCGCCAGCGGCCUGUGCAAAACCAACUGUGGCGUGUGCUGCAAGGCCGAGCUGGGCCUGGCGCCCUCGGCGCUGCCCGCCGGCAGGGUCAUCAAGCCGCAGGUCAUCAACCACGCGGUGGGGCUGCCGGCCAGCGGCUCGCUCUACUACUUCAACUACCUGGACUCCGCCGCAUACCCUCCCUCGGAGCUCCUAGGCGGCCACCUCUUCCCGUCCGGCCUCCUCAACGCACAGGGCCCCACCUCCCUGGCUGCGCACCCCAAGCUCUUUUUGCUGGAGAACGCCAAGUUGGCUGGCCUGGCCGCGGACAAGUUCCCCCAUGCGGCCCCCUACGCGCAUAAGGAGCGCUUGCCCGCGCCCCUGGAGCAGGUGCUCAAGGAGAACUCGGCCCUGAGCGCCGAGCGCGGCGGCGUCAAGGGUCACGGCAAGCUGCCCGGCGCCUCGUCGGACGGCAAGCCCAAGAACUUCACCUGCGAGGUGUGCGGCAAGGUGUUUAACGCUCACUAUAACCUCACCCGCCACAUGCCGGUCCACACCGGAGCCAGACCGUUCGUGUGCAAAGUCUGCGGCAAGGGCUUCCGCCAGGCCAGCACGCUCUGCAGACACAAAAUUAUCCACACCCAGGAAAAGCCUCAUAAAUGCAACCAGUGCGGCAAAGCCUUCAACCGCAGCUCCACGCUCAACACGCACAUCCGCAUCCACGCGGGCUACAAGCCCUUCGUCUGCGAAUUCUGCGGCAAAGGCUUUCACCAAAAAGGGAACUACAAGAACCAUAAGCUGACCCACAGCGGCGAGAAGCAGUACAAAUGCACCAUCUGCAACAAGGCCUUCCACCAGGUGUACAACCUGACCUUCCACAUGCACACCCACAACGACAAGAAGCCCUUCACGUGCGCCACUUGCGGCAAAGGGUUUUGCAGAAACUUUGACUUAAAGAAGCACGUGCGCAAACUCCACGACAGCGUGGCCCCCGCCGCCCCCUCCACAAAGGACCUGGCUCGGACAGUGCAGAGCUGA